CACUGGUGCAAACAAGAUUCUGACACAGGAUUCGAAGUAAGAUCAAGAUGGCGUUGUUUCUUCUAAUGGUGAUGCUGACAGCAUGUGCUGCUGCUCCUCAAGAUUUGUCAGGUAAAAUGUUCACCUUUCCGCAAGAAACUAACUCAGCUCAUGUGAGGCUGACAACAUCAAGACAGGUUCUGAGAGCUGUAACCGUCUGUCUCAGGUCCUUUACAGACCUCCGUAGAGAUCAUAGCCUUUUCUCUUUGGCCACACCUGCUUUUGACAAUGAUUUGCUGAUUUUCAACGGUGCUUCAAACAAUAAGUAUGCUUAUUGGGUCAGGAAUAAAAAUGCAGACUUUAUAGGGCAGGACUACAAAGUGAACACGUGGCAAUCAAUUUGUUCCACAUGGGAUUCUGUGUCUGGACUGGGCCAGCUGUGGUUAGAUGGAAAGCCCUCAAGUAGGAAGUUCAUCAGCUCUGGAUCCAACAUCAGCGGGCCCAUUAUAAUUGUUUUAGGACAGGAGCAGGAUACACAUGGUGGAGGCUUUGACAUUAAUCAGUCUUUCGUUGGUAUGAUGUCUGAUGUCCACCUUUGGGACCACAUCCUUUCCCCCUGUGAGAUCCAGAACUACAUGCAUCAUCUAAACUUCGCACCAGGGAAUGUGCUCAACUGGAGGGCGCUGGAGUUCCAGACCACAGGAAGAGUGCUGAUAGAAGACAAACAAGAGAUUAAGACAUGUUAUUAAACUUUUGAAAAGUGAAAAAACAGGUUAAAAAAUAUGAAUCAAAAUAAAAAAAAUAUUGAUAGAUAAAUGAACAAACAAACUGCAUAUUCUUUGCAUUUUUUAAAGAUUGUUUUUCAGUUUUUUGUAUCUUUUCUAUUAUCUUUUGCUUUUUUUGUUUGUCGGAUCAAUGAACAACAAAAAUUAUUUAUUUUACUUUUCUAAUGAGUGGGUUUUUUUUUUACCUUUUGGCUAUUUGUUGCCAGAAUUGUUUAAUGUGUUCACUUGCAUACAUUAGGUGAAACAAUCAAUAAUUGCGUCAGAGCUAACUAUCUUAAGUUAAUUCAUGACUUGUCACUAAACCAAAGCUUGUGAUAUUACUGUAAAUCCAUCUGAAGAUGAAAACAAGAUUAUAUUGCAUAAUUUCUGUAAAUAACUUUUCCAAAGAUGUUACUUUUAUAGAUAGUGUGUGUUCUUCAGUAUAUGUUGUGAAUACUGUAUACUGCAUGUCUCCCCUUUUGAUACAUGGCUACACCUUCUGUAUAAUUUCACAUAUCUCCAAAUAGUCUUAUGUGUAUGUGUCUCUAGUUGUAUUUGAUGCAAGAUCAAACCAGUUUUUUUGUAAAGUUGAAAAUUUUGUAUUGUGUUUAAUAACUCGUUAGCUCAAUAAUACAUUUUACACCAUGAAAACA